GGGAGGGACUGGGCGGGCCUUGCUCAUACCAGCCUGGUGGGCGGGCUCAGGCUAAGUUUCAUUUCCCGCCACUGCAACCAGCAGCAAGGCCCAGCCAGCGUGCACCCGGAGUCAUUGCUGCCUGUCCGCUGGCUGCUUGGCUCGGCAGCAGAACCCAGCAUGGGCUCUCAGGCCCUGCCUCCAGGUCCCAUGCAGACCCUCAUCUUCUUGGACUUGGAGGCCACUGGACUGCCCUUCUCCCAGCCCAAGAUCACGGAGCUGUGCCUGCUGGCCGUCCACAGAUGUGCCCUGGAGAGCCCUCCCAGCCCACAGGGGCCUCCUCCCACGGUGCCCCCGCCCCCCCGCGUGGUGGACAAGCUCUCCCUGUGUGUGGCUCCGGGGAAGGCCUGUAGCCCUGCAGCCAGCGAGAUCACGGGCCUGAGCACAGCUGCGCUGGCAGUGCACGGGCGUCAGAGCUUCGACGCCGGCCUGGUCAACCUGCUCCAAGCCUUCUUGCAGCGCCAGCCGCAGCCCUGGUGCCUCGUGGCACACAACGGUGACCGCUACGACUUCCCCCUCCUCCAGGCAGAGCUGGCCGUGCUGGGCCUUGCCAGUGCUCUAGACGGCACCUUCUGUGUGGAUAGCAUCGCUGCCCUGAAGGCCCUGGAGCAGGCUGGCAGCCCCCCGAAGCAGGGCCCGAGGAGGAGCUACAGCCUGGGUAGCAUCUACACGCGCCUGUACGGGCAGGCCCCGCCGGACUCGCACACGGCCGAGGGGGACGUCCUGGCCCUGCUCAGCAUCUGUCAGUGGAGGCCGCGGGCCCUGCUGCACUGGGUGGACGCGCACGCCCGGCCCUUCAGCACCGUCAAGCCGAUGUACGGGGUCACAGCCUCUACUGGAACCAACUCAGGGCCAUCUGCUGCUACAGACACCGCACUCCUGGCCAGAGCCAGGGACACCGGUCCCAACCCUGGACGAAGCAAGAGGCCCAAGGUACUCCCUCCAACGAAGGGCCCUGCAGCCUCACUCCAGGAAAGACUGCUGGCCCCACUGGGGCUGCUGACCUUGCUGACCGUGGCCGUAGCCACACUGUAUGCGUUGUCGCUGGCCACACCUGAGCAAUAAGCCAAGGAAAGUCUGACUAAUAAAGACCCCGCAGUACCAAGUGGUC